AUGCCAGAUACAAUCAGUAUCAAUGGAAAUAAGGUUCCUGUGGCUCCUCCACCGCCUCCGGUUGGGACAACUUCCAAAAAACCCGAUACUCCUGUUUCGGGAAAUAAAAGAAAAAUGAUGAAACGGGUUGAUGAGCUACAUCCAGCAGCAGACUCUAGCUCAAUGGGGACGCACUGGCUCUCCGGUGAAGAACGUUCCCGCUUAGAAGCUGUCCAACGGGACUGGAGACAAAGCAGACCAAACCAAAGACCAUGGAUACGAAAGCGAGAUCCAAACGAUUUGAAUUCGUUAGCUUCUCCUAAAGAUUCUCAGCCAGUGAAUGUAGUAGACAGGUCCGAAAAAAUUUUAACAAUUGAUGCCUCUCCUGGUACAGGUUUAUUUGAAAGAAAAAGAUUAAGUGUUAAAUCUCCAACUACAGCGUCGGGAACUCCAGAAAAGCAGAUUGUACCUGAGCCCGAGCCGGUGAAACGAGAAGAAGAGCAAAAACGAGAAGAGAAGGAAAGAAAAGAGGCUGAGAUUCGAGAAGAAGAGCAGAAAGCGAAAGAUGCUAUAGAGUUGGAUGACUACGAUGCUCAAGAAAAGCCUAUUGAUAAAAGUCAAGAUGGAAGGUUUUUGAAAUUCGAUGAAGAACUUGGACGGGGGUCUUUCAAAACAGUUUAUAGAGGUUUGGAUACUGAAACUGGAGUAGCUGUUGCUUGGUGUGAACUUCAAGAUAGUAAAUUGAAUAAGACUGAGCGUCAGCGAUUUCGAGAUGAAGCAGAAAUGCUAAAAGGCUUACAACAUCCUAACAUUGUAAGAUUUUAUGAUUACUGGGAGCGUUCGGAUCCAUUGGGAAAAAGAAAAUAUAUUGUCCUUGUUACCGAGCUCAUGACUUCUGGAACUUUAAAAAUGUACUUGAAACGUUUUAAACGGAUAAAUAUCAAAGUUCUGAAAUCAUGGUGUAGACAAAUUCUGAAGGGAUUAUCCUUUCUUCACUCUAGAAAUCCUCCUGUAAUUCAUCGUGAUCUUAAGUGUGACAAUAUUUUUAUUACUGGAACUACUGGAAGUGUAAAAAUAGGAGAUCUUGGAUUAGCUACGUUGAAAAAUAAAUCAUAUGCAAAGAGCGUGAUAGGAACACCUGAAUUUAUGGCUCCUGAAAUGUAUGAUGAGAUGUAUGAUGAAUCAGUAGACGUGUAUGCUUUUGGAAUGUGUUUAUUAGAAAUGGUCACAGGGGAAUAUCCUUAUACGGAAUGCCAAUUUCCUGCUCAGAUUUAUCGAAAAGUUACUACGGGUAUGAAACCUGAAUGCUUUAAUCGUAUCCCUCAACAAUAUCCCGAAAUAAGAGAAAUUAUUGAUCGUUGUAUAAGAGUACGGAGAGAAGAAAGAAGUACAGUUAAACAGUUAUUGGCUGAUGAUUUCUUCACCCCGGAAGAGUUGAUUGGUAUUAGAGUUGAGAUUAUGAAUCGAGAUGUUCAUUUAGCAGAGUUGAAUCUUGAGAUUCAAAUGCAGCUGAGAGUUUUCGAUGAAAAAAAAAGGAAACAGUAUCGUUUCAAAGAAAAUGAGGGCUUACAGUUCGCUUUCGAUAUUGAAAAUGAUAAAGCGGAAGAAGUUGUACAGCAAAUGGUUGAGCAGCAGCAUAUUCCUGAGGAAGAUACAAAAAUGAUAACAAAGUUAAUCAAAGACAAGGUGGAGGGAUUCAAAAGAGAUCGCGACUUCCGCAUCGCUGAGAUUAAGCGACAGCAAGAAGAGGAGGAAAGACAACGAGAAGAGCAAGAAAUAAAGGAAGAGCUGAAAGCUCGAGCUAAAGAGAAAGAAAGGAUGGAACAACAGAAUGCUAUGCAGUUACAACAGAAUGCGGUUGCGGCUGCUGCUGCAGUAGAAGCUGAUCAACAACAUCAGCAUACAACUCCACAAAGUACUACGGGUGAAGAUCAUACUGAUAGCUCUCAUGUGCACGAAGAGAAAAGGAAAGCAAAAAGAAAAAUCAUUAUUGAAAUAUUAAAAGUAGAUGAUACGAAAGAUCAGCCACUGGUUUCAUGUAAGCUAGACACUGCUCAUAAAACGGUCACAUUUCAAUUUGCUCCCGAUUCUGACAAGCCUUGUGUGAUAGCCGAAAAAUUGUUGGCGGAAAAUUGUCUCGCUCAGCAUCAUGUUGCAAUAGUAGAAGAACAGUUAGAGGAAGUUAUAAGAUUGGUCAACACAUCUCCUAAUAAGGGUGUAGGUUCGAAACUGACGACUGUUGUGGAGACGCAAACAACACAGUCAACCAGUAAUCCAACACCAUCGUCCACUACUGCACAAUCUGCAACUCUACAGCAGCCUCAAGUCUCAGCUAGUGCUGGUUCUUCUCAGUCACUUCCCGCUGCUACGCUGCAGACAACACCCCAGUCUUCUCAACCUCAAUCACAAACACCAUUGCUCUCCACCCAAUCGUCUACUAGUGCCAAUGGUACAGGGACAAAUGCACCGCAGAAAGUUACAGAUGCUUCACCUACUGGAGCUGUAACCUCUACAACGACUUCCGCUUCCUCACCUAGUCAGGCUUUCAACACCACGGUAACCACCCUUACUCAACCAGCUCUUGUUCCACGAACUAACUCGAGUGCUGCCAUAACUACUCAUGUAAAUGAAUCUUCGAUUCCAUCAGAAUCACAAACUCCCUCUAUAGCACAAUCCACUUCUGCUGUUGUUUUAACAACAAUCACUGCUUCUGCUCCAUCUGUUACGCCUGUUCAAGUGAAAACUUCACGUUUUCAGGUGACACCAUCUACUGUAACUUCGGUGACUCCUCCACCUGCUUCGCCUACCAUAGCCCUAGGAGUUGUUGUAACAUCCUCUGAAGCUAGCAGCGUGCAACAACUCACUGUACCUCAUGCUGUAUUAUCAUCUGGAUCUUCGCCUAGUACAACAGCUCACUCCAAUACGUCUUCUGUAACAAGCAAUACUAGUACUGGCAGUCGGUUCAAGGUGCAAGCCGUUCCUCAAUCAAGUUUGGCACCGACGCCAUCGGCUGAAUCCGGGUUUUCAUCAUCGAACUCUACUCAUACGGAUGGAAGUUUAACUAGCUUAGUUUCCUCUAUUCACACUCCUAUUGCUCAGCAAUCUCAGAGAUCUACUACAUCCAGCUCUCAAGCAACUCCUGGUACUUCUGUGGAGCCAAGUAUAUCAACUGUUUCCGUUGAUAGUGCACUCCUGAAAUUAGAAACUGAUUUACAAAAGGUUAGUGGAGUUCCCAGCGUGUCAAACAAUGUACAACAUUUGUCUUCCAAUGAUGCGAUGUCCCAAUCAUUGCACUCGUCUAGCGGCAUUCCUCAUGUGCAUAGCUCAAUUAUGACGGCUAAUGUACAUCAUCCAACUACCCAAACUGCUGCAAGUUUGCCUCACACUCCAGGACAUUUAGUAGAUAAUGCAACCAAUUUAGCUGGUCUUUCUGAGAAAUUAGCGGCCCUGAGCCAACAGCGCAACGAAGAGAACGAUAUCACCAAUUCUAUAACCAGCGCUAACUCUGUUCCAACUCUUCCGGUGUCAGCCCCGCCAGGACAACCCAGUGGGUCUACAAGUCAUCAAGAAGAUAUUCAUGUAGAUACUUUAAAUGGUUUAGCUCAAGCUCUUCAAAAGGUGAUUAAUACGGAACCCAGAGAACCAACUCCUUUCAUGCCAGAUUAUGGGCGUUGCUCACCCCCUCAUGCUCCAUCGGAAUCCGGACAUCAUCCACUGGCCGGCGGAGUUUUAUCUGCGUCUUCACUGGCUGAUGAUGAAUCCUGCUCCACGGAUGGUGGGACCACUCAAGACGGCCUUCCUGCCUCUCAAACUGCUCCAGAAUUAACAAGAAACCAAAAAAAUAGGCAGAACGUGACAACGCUUGGUAGCCUGGAUAACGCUCUCUCGUCGACUUUGGGUACUCAUAUCAGACCAACUAUAAGCAGAGAAGAGCCUGCACCAAGUGCGGCGGCCUCAUUUCAUGUUGGAACCCCUCCGCAAUCUAGUCCAGAGGAUUCUGACUUAGAACAGGGGGAGGAAGAAGAUUAUGAAGACCCUGAAAUACAAGAACUGCUUAGAAGGCACAAAGUUCAACUUUUGCAAUUGAGAGAUAAGCAAAUGAAUGAGCUCAAUGAAAUGAGGGCUAAAAUACAUGCUCGUUCAAUAAGAGCAAAUACAGUCCCUCCUGAUGUUACUAUAUUAUUUGUUGUGAUUGAAAAGUUAAAAGUUUCUUUCUUGUGCCGAGUUUAUUUAUCUCUGUUUUCUCUUGUGGCUUUCUCUGGUCACUUAAUUUGUUGUUCUUCCCCAAUUCACGUAAAACCCACACCUAAAUUCACCCUAUUCCCCAAUUUUUGGUUUUAUUACUUUUUUCUUUCAACUCCAUUUUCGCUUCACGCGAAAUACAUCACUCCUGCUUAG